ACUCUAUGGAAUAAGAAUCUAGAAUGUCCAUUCUGUCAUUCUUGCUUUGUCAGAGAGGGGAUCUACAGAUCCAUUGAAAAUAAUUUUGCUGUGGGGGAAAUGGGAGUACCCUGAGAAAACCCACUUUCACUGAUCAGGGGCUGAAUAUUCUACUUGAUCAGCAGUGCCUGUUGUUAAGGGUUAACUGGAGAUUAUGAAGCUUUUUCCUACUUUUAUUUUAUUUUUUAAAAAGGCUACAGCUUGGGAGUUGGAUGGAUUGCAGGAAUCUGACACUGCUUUGAGUGAUAUUUGGACCUUAAAUGUCAAGUGAAGCAAGUUGCUAGAAGAAUUCCACAAAACAAUAUCAUCUGCAUGUCGAAAAGCAAUUGUAUAAUUUAAGGAAUGGAACGGGAUAUCACUGACGAAGAAGUUGUAUGUUGGGCUUAACACUGACUCUUGGAGGACACCCACUUCGAACAUGGAGGUCACAUUGCUGAUUUUAACUUUAGCUGUUCUGUCACAAAGAAAAAUGAAUUAAUAUUACAUCUGGGGUUGACAGUUUGAGUCCAGUUCUUCUAAGACAAGUCCAAGGAGUACUUGGAGAUUGCAAAAAUAAAAAAAACAAACAUAUGGAUGCAGAAGCUAACAGAAAUCUUGUAGCAGUAGAUGGACAGAUGAGAAAACCGUUUGAUCGAAUGCUAUCAGGAAAACAAUACCAAGAGAAGUGUGGAGAACAGCAGAUACAGCAGACCUGUAUAUCAUUAGAAUCUUCAAGAAACACUGCUGAGAUAAAGCCAGAAAUUUUCAAGCAAACUUGUCCCACUUUAGAGCAUAACUUCAAUCUGUUUGGCUACCAAGCUUUCCAGCAAAUGUGCAUAACACCAGCUGAAUUGAAAGCUAAAGAAGAAAGCCAAAACAUACUUGCUCCCUCAACUUCCACAGAGAGAUCAACUGGAUUUUCAGCAAGAAGAGAUCAUUUUACGAGUGCUGGUUCAAAUAAUGUGGUGUCAUCUGAAGGCAUUCAGAAUUCCUUAUAUCUUAAACAAACUGUAAAAUGUAUACCUGAAAAACCAGGCUCUUCCCAUCAGACAUUGUUUGGUAGAAAGGAAGCUUGCAUGCCCUAUCACUACUCAUUUUCAAGUUCUUCUCCUUCUCAUCAAAACACUGUUUCUACCAGUUGUAUUUGCACUUCACAAUACACAAGCUCUUUUAAGAAUCAAUCCCAGAACUUGGUGAACCAAGUAAAACCAACACCUUACCAGAAGCACAGAUCUCCAAAAUCUCAGUCUUCAGUUCUAGUUUCCACCCAAUGGGAAGGUUGCUAUAUUUCAGCUAAAAUAAAUGCACCUAUUUCAGCUACAGCAUUGUCAAACAGUUUGAUUCAGGCAGGUCUGAUGCCAAACCCAAUCUAUGCAGCCUCUCAGCUACAUUCCACUCCUAUGGUAGAAACUCAGAGUCCAACUGUAGUCCAUUCAUGCCAACAAACAGUUUCCAGUGUUAUUGAGGUUUCAACUACAUCACUGUGUAAGGUUAGGAGCAUGUUGAAUGUGGAGCCAUAUUCUCAAGUAACACCUGUUUACUCUAAGGUGUCUAGUGUUUCAGAGACUCAGACUGUUGAUUGCACAUCCUUUUCAUCAGUACCAUCAGUAAAAAAAGCACAUUUGAAUUCUUUAGCUUGGCAACCUCCCUCUUCAAGUAUGUUACCCGUCAUGCAGUCACUCAACGUUUUUAAGCAUAGUCUGCUUGAAAAUAAACCAUCCCCAUCAUUUUCCACCCCUGGACAAGCAAAAACGUUUAAAUUGAAGAACAGCACUGUAAUUGAUUCAGACAACAGGAUAACUAGAGAUGGCAGUUAUACAAAGCAACAAAAGAGUAAUGAUGAUAUGAGUUUAGUAUCUUUCCUUCAGCCUCUGAUAAAUUCCACUUCAGCCAGAGUGAUAUCGACAGUUAGCAUAGUUACUACACAGCAUAGUUCCAGUUUCAUGGAUUCAUUUUGUUCUUUUGUCAACUCGUCUCAAAAAUCCUUAGAAGAGUCCUCUUACACUUAUUCUAAAGGAAGACAUAAAAUCAAACCUACAGUAGCAAGUUCAAAAAAUCUUUGUGACAGGUAUUCAUCUACCAGUAGUAGUACCACAGGACCAGGACAGGCUUUAGACUCUGAUACAGAAACCAGAGUAACACCUAGUCCAGCACUAAGUACUUGCACCAACUAUAGUACCAGUAGUGGAGGAAGCAUAAGCACAAAUUAUACCAAUCUGGAGAAAGCUUGGCUGCAAAGGCGUACUGAAGAUGAAGAUGUUAAAUGUGUUGGAACUACUAAACUUGUUGAAAAUCCUGAGGUUAAGCUGAAGACCUUGAAGUUGAAUAGUCCAGUAGUUUCUGUUAAUUAUUCUGUGCAUUCUGUAAUGAACAUAAAGACCUCUGAAGAUGAGCCUUCUAUUAAAGAAACCAUACUUAUAAAAACUUCUACUAAUAAUUUUAAAAUAAAUGACAACCCUGCUGUUUGUGAAGAGAAUCUUACAAACUUUGCCUCAGAAACUGAGCAUAAAAACAAAAUUCAUAUUUCGCGCAAAAGACGCUUAUAUCAGGAAGAAAAGGAAAGCAGGCAGAAGAAAGUGAAGCAGAAGGGAGGUAGUGUUCAAGAAAAUGCAGAAGAUGGAGACACCAACAAAAAAACUUUUAAAGAGACAGGGAAACAGGGAAAAAGGGGAAGGCAACCUAAAGAACAAGAAAGUGGGUCUGAUUGUCAGAAAAAGAAAAUUUGCAACUCAUUUGAAAAUGCACUGGUUGUUCAGUUGAAAAGAAUAGGGGAGCCAUUUCUACAGAAUGGGCCAUGCUGUGAAGUAGCUCCAAAGUUGCCAAAGUGUAGAGAGUGUCGAAUGACUCCUCAUCAAAGAAGUAAAAAAAUGAAAAAUAUAUUUUGCAGAUUCUAUGCUUUCAGAAAGCUGAAAUGUGGAAAAAAUGGGGCAAUCCUGAGUGCUGGCUUCUCUCAACUGGCAGAUGCAUCUAAGGAAGAUCUUCGGUUGUGGAUUCCUUCUGCGGAUUCUCCUCCUAAUUAUUUGGAUUUGGAGACUGCCAAAUUUUUAUUGACUCAUGUGGGUGACCAGUUCUGUGACUUAGUGGACCAGGAACAGGAAGCAAAGGGUCUCCACAUGUCUAACAAUAAGGCAAUAAUGUGGAAACGUGUAGUGCAGGGAGUGCGAGAAAUGUGUGAUGUAUGUGAAACAACUUUGUUCAACAUUCACUGGGUAUGUCGUAAAUGUGGUUUUGCUGUCUGUAUAGACUGUUACAAGGCUAGAAAGAAUGGAACAGUAAAAGAGGAAGAAUGUUCAUCUAAGGAUAGGGAUGAGUACCAGUGGCUUUUGUGUAAGAAUCGACAACCUCAUGAGCAAGACAAACUUAUGUUAACCCAGAUCAUUGUUGACACAGCACUGUGGGAUGUUGGAAAAAAGUUACAUAAGAUUAGAGAGCAAUGGAACAUCACUGCUUGUUGUAAAUGUCAUCAGAAUUCCAAGAAUAAAAAUAUUGAUAGGAAGAGGUCAAAUAAUGGUAUCUGCAAGCAACUAAUGAGUGCUGUAACAAAGUGUUUCACAGAGAAAUGCCCUAGAACCCUGAAAAGUGUGGUAGUUGAAACCAAUACAACCUGUAAGCCCUCCAGUAUGAAUGCUAUUUCUAAGAUGGUAAAGAAAGAAGAAUAUGGUUCAGCAAGUGGUGGUUCUCUAAACUGGUUAGCUGAUGUGGCCUUGAAUACUUCAAGUGAUCUGCACAAGGAGGGAAUUAAUGAAGGUAGUUCCUCUAUUCAUCAUGAUGCAGACAUUGAUGAACAGUCAACUAAAGAUGAUACACAGAAUAAUAAUUUUUCCACAUUGCGGAAUCUGCUCAUAAGACCAAAUAUGAAAAACAACAAUGAAAACAGAAACAAAGUUAAAGGGUUUAAUAGUGAGAAAAAAACACUGGCUAGUGGACUGGAAGAAGUAAUUUCAUGUGUUAUUCAGCAGCAUGUAGUCAAAGCAGACAAACCUAAUCAAGAACAACACCAGUUGAAGUACUUUGUCCGUCGAUAUCCUAAGAUAGAACGAGGGAUAGGACAGACAACAAUCAGGGUUCUCACACUGGCUGAAAGUUUGAUAAUGCAUCCUAAUGUCCCCCACUCCUGGCUUUGUAGUGGAAGGUUGCUACUUUUACAUGAUGCUCAACACAAAGAUAAUCUGCAUAUUUUCCAAGAACAGUGGAAGCGUGGACAACCUGUGAUGGUUCUAAAUGUGAGCUCCAAGUUAAAUAUGACCCUUUGGUAUCCAGAGAGCUUUUCUCGAGACUUCGGAGAUGUUAAAAAUGACCUAGUCAACUGUAAAACUGGUACAAUACUACCAAAUUUACCCAUGAGAAAGUUCUGGUAUGGGUUUGAAAACUUUUCUAGUUCAGCUGCUUAUUCACAAAAAGGAACAACAAACCUUCACUUAGACAUUAGUGAUGCUGUUAAUGUCAUGGUUUAUGUUGGAAUCCCCAAAGAUGGAAAGAAUGAAGAUCACAUUCAAGAGGCACUUAAAGCUAUUGAAGAAGGUGGGUGUGAUGUAUUAACCCAGAAAAGAGUUAGGGAGAAAGGAAUGAAACCAGGAGCUUUGUGGCACAUCUAUAAUGCAAAAGAUGCUGAUAAAAUUAGAGAUCUUCUAAAUAAAGUGGCCUUAGAGCAGGGUGAAAAGCCUGAAGCACACCAUGAUCCUAUCCAUGAUCAGAGUUGGUAUCUAGAUAAAGAUCUGCGGAACAGACUGUAUAAGGAAUACAGUGUUGAAGGUUAUGCCAUUGUCCAGUGUCUUGGGGAUUCUGUUUUCAUUCCUGCAGGAGCUCCACAUCAGGUUCGAAACCUUCAUAGUUGUAUUAAGGUUGCUGAAGACUUUGUCUCUCCUGAAAAUAUUGCUUACUGUUUCACUCUUACACAGGAAUUCAGAGAUUUGACAGAUACUCAUACAAAUCAUGAAGAUAAACUUCAGAUAAAGAAUAUCAUCUAUCACACUGUGAAAGAUGCUGUAUCCUUGCUGGAAAGAAAUGAAGCUGACAAAAAGAAACUAAUUACCACUAGUCAUGCAAAUGACUUAAGAAUGUGAUUGCAGUUAUGAAUUGAAAAUAAAAACCUAUUUGAUACUAGAAAUGAUUUAAGAUGGCAUGUAAAGAGUGUUGCAUACCAAAAAUCUGUUGAUGAUUUGCCAGAAAUGGAGAGUUUACCCAUUAUAAGCAGAAUACUUAUAAUGAUAAACAAUUCCUGAUCUAUUAAAAACUAUUUAUAAACACAAAAUUCAGUAAGAUAAGACUACUGAAGACCGUUAAACUGCCAUAAAUUUUCUUUCUACCUACAUAAACUAAGAAUAUUGUUAUUAUUUUCAGGACAAGUGUUAUCUUUAUUGAUUAUACUCAGUAGAGCAACUUCAUUCAUCUAGAACACAGUAGGCUUGUUUUGUUUGCUUGUUACUCCCUGCAAGCUUCAAGAAUAAUAGUAUUAUUACAGCAAACAUAACUCUCAUUUUACAAUUUUUUUAAUAAGAAAAGAAAUACAAAGUUCCAAAACAUACUUACUCUCUGCUAACACUCAAUGUUGGAUUUGCCUAUCUAAGCAUUGGUCUCACAUGCUCCAAUCUUUUAUACUUCACUUAAAUGCCCUUGGCAAUAUCUAAUUUGGAAAUCUCUCCACCUGAGUCAAUGUGCCCUCUUUCCUGACACUUUAUAUAAGAACCUCACUCAGAUAAUCUAAUCACUUUUUCAUGACAGAACGUUGGUCACAGUUUUUUAUGAUGAAGUGCUGUGGUUCAUUCCGUUAUGGACUGAGAUUUUCACAUCACAUUUUGCACGUGAUGUUUACGGGUAUGAAUUCCUUUAUUACCAUUGUCAGCACAGCAGUUAAUCUGACCUCCCCUAUUCAUCUUUUGUUAUCUAGCAUCUCAAUAUGGGCUGUCUAUUUUCGUUUCACGACUAUCAGAGUUACUGAUCAUGGGGGUGGUAGUGACAGUUGAUCCUGAGUUUCUGGGAUUUUAUUCCUGUUUAUUUGUUGUGCCUGAGACAAGGGGAAAUUUGCGGAUGAGCAUUGUUUUUCUCGUCUCAACCCAUUUCUUGUUUCUUCCCGGUCCACAAUGGAGUCCUUUCUCACCCUACAUUGGCAUUCUUCACCAGAGUUUGAGGUUGUUGAGGCAUUUCUCCACAUUCCCAUUGUGAAUUCAUCUUGCCUUUAGCUACGUUUUGUAUACAGGUAUCAUGUCCUGCAGUUCAAGGAUCUAGCCUUUGGUCUAGCAACAGUACCAUAUGUCUUCUGCUGGGUUGUACAAGUUUUCACCAUGUUUUUUGCCCAGCUAAUCUACCUCCCAUCUAGCUCCAGGAUAUGGAAUGUGGUUAUGGGCAUCCCUUAAAUUACUUGAAUUUUUUGGGAUGAGGACACAUGCUAUCCCUUGAGUGGUCCCAUUGCAACUAAUUGAUAUGGAACUUCAAUCCACUGGAUUUUCUAGUCUUUUUCAUCAGCAGCAACAUCUUAGUUUUUGAGUAAUAGUUGGUUUGGAUCACUUCUAUCAUUAGCAUGUAUAUAUAAAUAUAUAUGUGUAUGUGUGUGCAUAUAUAUAUACUGCCCCUCUCUGUCCAUGGUUUCUCUUCACAGGUACUUUGGAGAUGAGGUGUGUAUCUUCAAGGUCAGGAAUUCCAGGGUAUAUGAAUGGAGGGCAAAUCUUCAUUCUGCAUCAAUAAAUCAGAACUUCUUGCUGUCCAACAAGCAAUAGUGCAAGGUCUCAAUCUAUUGCUGUGGAAUAUCCUCAGUGGUCUCUUAAAUUUGGUUCUUUCUCUAUGGGGCCUGUUCCAAUCAUAUCAGCCUUCUGGCUUGCCAUUUUCCUGGAGUGAUGGAUUUCUUGCACAUUGUCAGUCUCAGUCUUCACUUUCUCCUGAACAAAUGGAUUCUCCAUUGUGAGGUUUUCCAAUAGAUUUGUUCUCACUUUGGACACCCAGCUUUUGCCACUUGUUCAUUCUCAACUAGGAUCAGUUGGGGGUCACCACUGCCUCAGGCUUGGGUGGUAAAUGCAGUCAGUCCUGCUUGGAUGGGAUUGCACAUCUAUGACUUUCCCUCACUUCCUCUGUUACUCAGAGUUCUGGCUAUAUUUCGAUCUUCUACUUGCAAGAUGUUGCUAGCUUAGAUUGGCCAGCCUAACCAUGAUUUCCUCUUCUACAGUUUCUUCAUUGAAUCCACCUCUGCAUCUUUCUCUUUUGCUAUCUUUAUUGAGGUAUCCUCAACCCAACGUUCUACACCAAGACUUUUUGCAGCUCAUUGGGGUUUAACAUCUACAGUGCCUAACAAGGAGUUGUACCCACUUUACCAAAUGUGUUAAAUAUAUAUUGUUUUGAUCUGUUUUUUACUUGAGUUUAGCUUCGUCUCCUGUUUUCUCAGCCUUUCAAUUCUUUCUUUUGAAUGAAGAUUUUAAUGAGAUAGUCUUUAGUCUGCUCGAAAUUUCAUAUUUUUUUUAGACCCAAAUAAAGCUUAGUUGCUAAGCUUGAUAAAUUAUA